UUCAAAAUAAAAAAACCUACUAGUUUGAUCUCGUUAACUUUUUACUGUUUUAAUUAAGUGAUAUUUAACUCUACAAGUCGUCAAAUACCACAGUUACAAUGAAGGAUAUUUUCUCUCUAUUGUUGAAAUAUACCGCGAUAAAUUUGCGAUAAAACAAUUAGCUCAUUCACGUCAUGGUGUUCAAAGAAUAAAUUUCCAUUUAUGCAAGUAGAGGCCUCCAGAAAGUCGUUAAAAAACAAUGAUAAGGAGAGAAUCCGAUAUCGCGGGCUAUUUGUGGCUAAAGAUAUAUUCAUAAAUGAUAUUGCAAAAGGAAUCAAGGAAGACAUACCUAAAAUCCAACAAUACAUUGGUAACCUCAAAUCAGAUGGAUUCGAAGUCAUUGGCUAUGUAAGAAAGUCGUAUGGAAAUGAAGACAGAAACACGAGAAUUAGAUUGCUUCAAUCUAUGAUAGACAAAAUGCUUGAAAGAUUGUCAGUUGAUAAAAUCUAUGUUUCACCAAUGUCACAGGCAGGCGAGCCAUUUUCAUCAAGAGACGUGAACCAUGAUAGCCCUAUAUUAAGGGAGCUAAAUAAGGUUGAAGGUACUACCCAAGAUCUUAUCUCAUAUUUCAGUACUGCAAAAAAAAUUUGCUUAAUCAGAGUAGACUUUGCAGGUAUCACGACCAAUUGCGCUAAUCUGAGAAAUCUUUUGAGUCAACAUGAAAGUUUGAAAAAAAUUAUAAUUGAUCGUAGUCCUUUUGGGAAACCAAUCAAUAUUUAUGAUCGAGAUAAGUUGCUGGAUGGCACCCAAGAUAUAAGCGAAUUUGAUUGUCGAAAAGGACUUUUUCAACGAUCCAAAUAACUACAUUUUAAGUCAACUAGCGAAGCUUUAUUUGUCUUUGAUUGUAUAAUAAAAGUAAAAAACAUAUGCCAAGAACAUAAUUUAUGAUUAAAUUGAAUCAUUAUCAAUGAUCACCGCUAAUAGUUUUA